UGUGACAACCAUUUUGAAAUUUGAAGUAUCAUCAUUGUUGUCGUUUCUGUUUUGUAUUUAAUUAUUUUUAAUAAUUGAACAAUGGGUGCAACAGUGAUCGAAAAUGAAGCUCAUUUCCAAUCUGAGAUGGCCAAUGCCGGCACAAAGUUGGUUGUUGUGGACUUUACAGCGACGUGGUGCCCACCGUGUCAACGUGUCGCGCCGUUUUUCGAGCAGCUACCGGCAAAGUUCCCUCGAGCAGUGUUCCUCAAAGUCGAUGUAGAUAGGUGUGCCGAAACAGCAAGCGCUCAGGGAAUAAGUGCUAUGCCAACUUUCAUAUUCUUCAGAAACAGAACAAGGAUUGACCGUCUGCAAGGUGCUGACACUGCAGCUCUAGAGAAUAAAGCAAGACAGUAUUAUGGUACUGAAGAAUCUGGUGAUGAUGACAACUCUGUUGCUGGGCAUAUGGACCUAACAACAUUCAUCACUAAGAGUGAAUGUGAAUGUCUAAAUGAGGCAGAUGAUCAUCCUCUAGGACAUGCAUUGACUAGCAGCGGAGGUUACCUGGCCAGUGACUGUGAUGAGCAACUCAUUAUAAAUAUAUCUUUCAAUCAGCUGGUGAAAAUACACUCUGUGAAGAUAAAGGCGCCCAGUGAUAAGGGCCCCAAGUUUGUUAAGCUAUUUAUUAAUCAGCCGCGAACACUUGACUUUGAUCAGGCAUCUGGAAAUGCAUCAAUUCAAGAUUUGGAAUUCUCUCCAAGCGACUUGGAGGGAAACCCAGUACCUGUCAAGUUUGUGAAAUUCCAGAGUGUUCAAAACAUUCAGUUAUUCAUUAAAGAUAAUCAGUCAGGUGGCGAUGUGACGCAAAUCGACCACCUUGUGUUGUAUGGCUCGCCCAUCUCAACCACCAACAUGGGUGAAUUCAAACGUGUGGCAGGCAAAAGAGGUGAAAGUCACUAGCCCAGACUUUUGCAGUGUUGUCAAUAGUUUAAUUGGAUAUAAAGUGAAAGUGCUAUUUUAUUUUAAAAAUGAUUUAAUAUUUUAAUACAUUUCGCCAGUUAUUUUUUUUUUUACAAAAACUAAAGAGAUUUAAUAUACUUGUUUUAUUUAUUUAUAACUAAAAUGUUCUUUAAACACUUCACUAUCCAAUUCUAACUAUGACAACAUGUUGCAAACACAAGUGAAAGACUACUACUAAAAGUGUGGUAGAUUACUAUUUAAGGCUAAGUGAACUAAAUACUAAAUAAUAUGUGUUUAGAAUAAUUAUUGUACACAUAAUAUAUGUUAAUCUGUAUUGACUGUAAUAUAUUAUAACAAAUAAUUAUUCAAUGUCGUAUAAAAAGCGUGUUUAUAUUAUCAUUGUCAAGUUCAUAACAAUUAUUGUAAUGGGUGUUAGAGAAAAUAUAGAUGGAGAAACUCCAAAUCAUUAGAAAAUUUGUAUGUUAUAAUUAAACAUGUAAUGUAUGUAA